GGAGGGGAGAGCGGACGCCAUUUUCCCAGAGAGAGGCAGUGACAUAGAAGGGAGCGUAGGAGGCUGAAAGGAGGGAGACACGGGAGCAGCAGCGCGGCGGCAGUGGGGUUUGUACACAGGUCCCAACGCGAAGGCGCUUCCAAGCCGGUCCCUGUACGGUUCUGCGCAUUGAGCUAGGUUUGGGGGGAGGGGGGGGUUCCUUUUCCCUUUCUUUCCCCGUCUUUCCCUGUCUUUCCCCGUAUUUCCCUUUAUUUCCCCUUCUUUCCCUUUCUUUCCCCUCUCUUUCCCUAGAGCCUCCUGAGGGUUGAGUCCUACCCUAAGGUAGGGAUAUCUGCAAUAGGGCUUUCGCAUUGUUUUAGUUAGGAUAGAGAAGGGGCUCAGCUGAGGGUUCCCGCUGCCUGGCCUGUGACCAUUACAGGGUUUGUGGAUGCACUUAGAUGUUUGCAAUGAGCACUGUGGCUGGCAUGCCCCAGUGUUUUGGAUACCAAUGCAUAGGACUCCGUAGUAAUCGAAUUUAUCAGAAACGAACGUCAUGAGCAUAGUGAUCCCAUUGGGGGUUGACACAGCAGAUACUUCUUAUUUGGAAAUGGCUGCAGGCUCAGAACCAGAAUCUGUAGAAGCUAGCCCUGUUGUAGUUGAAAAAUCGAACAGUUAUCCGCACCAGUUGUAUACCAGCAGCUCGCAUUCACACAGUUACAUUGGUUUGCCCUAUGCAGACCAUAACUAUGGUGCUCGGCCUCCUCCAACACCUCCAGCUUCUCCUCCGUCAGUGCUUAUAAGCAAGAACGAAGUAGGCAUAUUUACCACUCCCAAUUUUGAUGAAACCUCCAGUGCUACUACCAUCAGUACUUCAGAGGAUGGAAGCUAUGGAACUGAUAUUACCAGAUGCAUUUGUGGCUUUACGCAUGAUGAUGGAUAUAUGAUCUGUUGUGACAAAUGCAGUGUCUGGCAGCACAUUGACUGCAUGGGGAUUGACAGGCAGCACAUUCCUGACAUAUAUCUGUGUGAACGUUGUCAACCAAGGAGUUUAGAUAAAGAAAGGGCAGUGCUUUUGCAACGAAGGAAAAGGGAAAAUAUGUCAGAUGGGGAUACCAGUGCAACAGAAAGUGGUGAUGAGGUUCCUGUGGAGCUGUAUACUGCUUUUCAACAUACACCAACUACAAUUACUUUAACUCCUCCAAGAGUUACUAAAGUCGAUAAGAAAAGGAAAAAAAGUGGAGAGAAAGAACAGAACAUAGCAAAAUGUAAAAAAGCAUUUCGGGAAGGGUCCAGGAAAUCUUCACGAGUAAAGGGCUCAGCUCCAGAGAUUGAUCCUACUGACAGUUCAAACUUUGGAUGGGAAACCAAAAUCAAGGCAUGGAUGGAUCGUUAUGAAGAAGCAAAUAAUAACCAGUACAGUGAGGGUGUCCAGAGGGAAGCACAAAAAAUAGCUUUGAGAUUAGGCAGUGGAAAUGACAAAAAAGAAGUCAGCACCAGCAAUCUGAUUUUCAAACCUCCAGUAGAGAGUUACGUGCAAAAAAACAAGAAGAUUUUAAAAGCCGCCAAAGACUUGCCUCCUGAUGCACUUAUUAUUGAAUACAGAGGAAAGUUCAUGCUGAGAGAACAAUUUGAAGCUAAUGGAUACUUUUUUAAAAGGCCAUACCCAUUUGUUUUGUUUUAUUCCAAAUUUCAUGGACUAGAAAUGUGUGUUGAUGCAAGGACAUUUGGAAAUGAAGCGCGAUUCAUCAGGCGCUCGUGUACACCAAAUGCAGAGGUGAGGCAUGUAAUUGAAGAUGGAACAAUUCAUCUUUAUAUUUACUCCAUCCAUAACAUUCCAAAAGGAGCAGAGAUUACUAUAGCAUUUGAUUUUGAUUAUGGAAAUUGUAAAUACAAAGUGGAUUGUGCAUGCCUCAAAGAAAAUCCCGAAUGUCCAGUUCUCAGACGUUCUGAGCCUACAGAAAAUAUCAACACUGGAUAUGAAACCAGAAGGAAAAAGGGAAAGAAAGAGAAAGAUACUUCAAGAGAAAAGGAGACUCAGAAUCAGAACAUCACAUUGGACUGUGAAGGAGCAACUGCCAAAAUGAAAAUUGCAGAUAAUAAACAGAGGAAGCUCUCACCCCUCAGGCUGUCAAUUUCUAAUAAUCAGGAGCCAGAUUUUAUUGAUGAUAUAGAAGAAAAAACUCCCAUUAGCAAUGAAGUAGAAAUGGAAUCAGAGGAGCAGAUUGCAGAAAGGAAAAGGAAGAUGACAAGAGAAGAACGGAAAAUGGAAGCUAUCCUGCAAGCUUUUGCCAGACUAGAAAAAAGAGAAAAAAGAAGAGAACAGGCUCUGGAAAGAAUCAGCACAGCAAAAACUGAAGUUAAAACAGAAUGCAAGGAAGCACAGAGUCUGAAUGAUGCCGAAUUUAUUCAGGAACCAUCAAAAGAAGAAACUGCCACCAAGCCUGCCCCAGCCAAAGUUAAUAAAGCUAAACAGAGAAAAAGCUUCUCACGGAGUAGAACCCACAUUGGACAGCAACGCAGACGACAUAGAACUGUCAGCAUGUGUUCAGAUAUCCAGCCCUCUUCUCCUGAUGUGGAAGUAACUUCACAACAUAAUGAAACUGAGAAUGCUGCAGUGGUAGCUGAGCCUGAAGCAGAAACUGUUGUUACAGAAAUGGUUACUGAAACGGAAGCUCCAGCACUUAAUAAAUGCCCUACUAAGUAUCCUAAGACAAAGAAGCACUUGGUCAGUGAAUGGUUAAGUGAAAAGAGCGAUAAAACAGGGAAGCCUACAGACAGCCUAUCAGAAAGGCCUCUGCGUAUAACUACCGACCCUGAAGUUCUGGCUACUCAGCUGAAUUCUUUACCAGGUCUCACUUACAGUCCACAUGUAUAUUCAACUCCAAAGCACUAUAUUCGUUUUACUUCACCAUUCCUUUCAGAAAAGAGGAGGAAAAAAGAACCUGUGGAAAACAUUACUGGCUCUUGUAAGAAGCGUUGGUUGAAGCAGGCUUUAGAAGAAGAAAAUUCAACAGUGAUUGAUAGAUUUAACUCACCAUCACAAGAGAGAUCCAGAAGUCCAGCCAUCAAUGGUGAAAAUAAAAGCCCUCUAAUACUAAAUGACAGCUGUUCCUUGACAGAUCUAACCACACCGUUAAAGAAACGAAGACUGUAUCAGCUGUUGGAGUCUGCCUUCUCAGAAACAUCUACACCUACUCCUUCUCCAUAUGCCACGCCAACUCAUGCUGACGUCACUGCCUCCGAGCCGCCAUCAUUUGCUACUCCUCCUAGGAUAAAAACAGAAGAUGAAGCUUGUAGAAAUGGUUACAAACCCAUCUAUUCACCAGUUACUCCUGUAACUCCAUGUGUACAUGGAAAUGCCAUGCACUUUGAGAACAUUUCCUCACCUGACAGUUCCCCAGAAAUAAAAAGGCGAGCUUACAGUCAAGAGGGAUAUGACAGAGCAUCGAUUCUAGCACUGAAUUCCUUCAGAAAUUCCAACAUGACAGAAAUGGGCCUGCAAGAAAUAAAGACAAUUGGGUAUUCCAGUCCAAGGAAUAGGACUGAUGUUACACGGCAGUGCACUGGAGAAAUGGAAUCUGUGUCAGACCUCCAGCUGGGACUCGAAGUAAUUGAGCAAAGUGCACUGCAUAAAAACCUGGAAGCCCCCACACACGAUAGGACUGAAUCAAACAGCCAAUUAGAAACUGCUCAUUGUGGACGGGGUACAAUUUAUUCUUCUUGGGUAAAAAGUCCCGACAGGACAGGUGUAAAUUUCUCAAUGAAUUCUAAUUUGAGGGACUUGACCCCUUCACAUCAGUUGGAGGUAGGAGGUGGAUUCAGAAUAAGCGAGUCAAAGUGCCUGAUUCAAGACGAUGCUAGAGGCAUGUUCAUGGAAGCAUCUGUUUUUUGUACUUCAGAAGAUGGAAUUGCAUCUGGCUUUGGAAGGACUGUCAACGACAACUUGAUGGAUGGAAAUUGCACACCCCAGAAUCCUCCACAAAAGAAAAAGGUCUCCUUGUUAGAAUACCGUAAGAGACAACGAGAAGCUAGAAAAAGCGGCUCAAAGUCAGAAAACUUCCCUCUGGUUACUGUAUCUCCUCAAGCUGCUAGUGGAGGAAAUACAAGUAGUAACAAUAGUGCUAAUGAUGGCUAUAACAACAGUGGUGAAAAUGGGGAGCAAACUGAUAACUCUGCAAGCCUCCCUUUACCACAGCCAACUACUGUUUAUAAUGCAGCUCCAGAAGAUGUUGGCAACAGCUCUGCAAUUAAGGAAUCUUCCAGUGAGAAGAAUGAACCGGAAGUCCAAUGGACUGCAUCAACCUCCGUGGAACAAGUGAGAGAACGAAGUUACCAGAGAGCUUUACUUCUCAGUGAUCAUAGGAAAGACAAGGACAGUGGGGGAGAAUUACCUUGUAGCCCAUGCUCACCGUCUCAUGUUCAGUCUCCACCUUCAUCUCAUUCAAAUCUCAUUUCCCAGUUGCAGCUUAAGGUCCCUUCUUUCACUGAAUUUAUGGAAGAGCCUGAUACUGAAAAUCCAGAGCCUGCUUCUGAAUGUCCGUCCCCAGAUACUUCACAAAGGACAUGUAAAAGCCCAUCAAAAGCAAGCAAGCCCUCUUCACCGAGUCCUGGAGUUUCAACCCAGUCCCUUGGGAAAACCCCCACAAAGCCAGAUUCGCACAGGGAAGCUGCAGCUAACGCACCUGAGGCUGAAUGUGUGAAACAUCCAAAAUCCGAGCUGCAACAAAAACAGCCAACAAACAAUGUCCAAGCACUUUCAAAAAAUCAUCCAUCUCAGCCACAUCUGCGCAGUUCUGCUGAGCAGCUUUCACAUUCACAGAAGUUGCCUUCUGCACCUUUGAAGCUGCACUGCCCCCCUUCACCUCACGUGGAAAAUCCUCCCAAGUCCUCCACCCCUCACGCGCCUGUGCAGCAUGGAUACCUUUCACCAAAGCCUCACUCGCAGCAGUUGGGAUCUCCAUACAGACCUCAUCAUCCACAGUCACCUCAAGUUGGAACGCCCCAGAGGGAAACACACCGGAACUUUUAUCCAGCAGCACCAACCCUUCAGCCAAGUAGUCAGCAGCAGGCUAGCGGACCCCUGUUCACUCAGCCAACUUCAGGACAAUCUUCGGCUUCUUACAGCCAGUUUAACCAACAAAAUUUGAACAGCAAUGCACCACCUCCCCCACCUCCCCCACCCCCUUCUUCUACUUACUAUCAAAGCCAGCAACCCUCUGGAAACUUUCAGAGUUACAGUCAGUUGAAGGGUAGCAUACCCCAACAGACUGUGUUUUCAUCUGGACCAAAUCAAUCACUUUCUAGCACUGCAGGUCAGCAAACAGUGCCAGGGCACCACGUAACUGCAGGGCAUUUUUUGCCGUCUCAGAACCCUAGUAUUCAUCACCAGGCAUCAGCAUCUGCUGCUCCUCCUCCUCCUCCACCACCACCUGCUCCAGGACCUCACCUCGUACAGCAGCAAAGUACUCAUCAGCAGCACUCUGUAGCACACGUCGUUGGUCCAGUUCACGCUGUGGCAGUAGCUCCUGGAUCACACAUUCAUUCUCAAGCUGCUGGUCACCAUUUGCCACCACCACCUCCACCACCAGGUCCUCUCCCCCACCACCAACCGCCCCAUCCUUCAACUGGACACCAAGGUUUGCAAGCACAACACCAGCAUGUUGUAAACUCUGCACCUCCCCCCCCUCCACCCCCACCCUCCAAUGUUAUCAGCUCGGGGCAUCACCCUGCAUCAGCACAAGGGUUGCACCACCCAUCUCACCAGGCGCCCCCCCAUUUUCCUUCAAAUGCUCACACGAGCGUUUCCUCCUAUUCCUCACAAGCCCCACAUCACACAACGCUAGGACCUGGACCUCAACAUCAGCCUGCUGGAACAGGACCUCAUUGCCCACUCCCUGGUCAGGGUCCUCACAUUCAACCUCAAGGACCAAACAGUAUCACAACACCCACAGCUUCAGGGUUCUGCCCUCACCCUGGCUCUGUCACCUUACCCCAUGGAGUGCAGGGGCCGCAGCAGGCCUCACCGGUGCCCGGACAGAUCCCGAUUCACAGAGCACAGGUGCCACCAACUUUUCAGAAUAACUAUCAUGGUUCAGGGUGGCAUUAAAACAGACCCCCUCUAAUCCUAAACAUUUUUAAAAUGUUGUGUAAUAUAAACUGUGUAUAUUUCAUAUGUACCUGUUGAAGGUACUUUUUAAAGCUUGUACAUGAUACUUUGUAUAAAAGCAGACACCAGUGCUCUUUCAUUGUAUUCCUCUUUUUUUUUUCUUUUUAAAUUCCUGAAAGCGUGCUGUUAAGCCAGUAUUAGGGAUUUCUUUUUACUUUGUAAGUGAACAUUCCAGCUGUUUUUUGGUUUUGGUUUUUCACUGUUUUUUUUUUUUUCUGGCAGUAGGUUUGAUGCUGCAUAACCUUUAAAAUUUUAUCAUUGCAGUUAAAUUCAUUUAGUGAAUGUUUUCUAUAUUACUUUUAUACAUAUGUAAUUAAAUAAGUACGCAGGCUACAUGAUGGCACUAACAAUUUUUUUUUCCCCUCCCCCCUUUUCUUCUGUCAGCAAUCCUUUGUGUGCAUAGAGAUAGAAAAUGAUGCAAUACAAAUUUUUAUAGUUUUGGUGUGGACAUGGCUUUUUGUUUCAUCAGUUAUUUGCAGAACUUGUAAUUUAAUGUAUAGACCGUUUCUAAUGUUUGGAGUAAUGUAAAUACUGUAUUUCUUUUGCUUGUACAAUUGCUUAACUUCCCUUCAUUUGAUAUAGUAUUGUAUAUAAGUCUCUUUUGCAAAAAAAAAAGGAAACAAAAAAGUGUGAUCUUUGUGAAAGUAGUACAGUAUAUGAUUUUUUUUUUUUAAUAUACUGUCACAUUGCAGCACUGGUUGGGCAUUUUAAUUCAUGUUAAUAAAUCACAGUUAUGUCAGUUUUAACUGCUUGUCCUGAAAGGGUGGUAUGUCUUCAGGGAAGUGCCCUGGAGGGCUGUUCCCUUCUCCACAGGUCCCAUGGACAGGUUUACUGCUGUAGCACAGACAGGUGUGGAAGGAGGGAGGUUUAUUUCUUCUCUUCAUUCUAGAGGUAAGGAAAAACUGCUCUGAGCACAGCAGGCUCUGGUGUCAAUUAUCAACUGGUGAAUAAGGCUGCAGCAAUGUGCUACACAAAGGUGUGUACACACCAGCACCGCUGCACUAAUGCUGCUAUCUGACCUUGGUUACAGACCACAGAACCAGCUGCACCCUGCACGGUGUUCCUGUUCUCUUCCAGUGGGACUGCAGGUCUGCUGUUGGUACAGACUGUGGGGACUGUCAGACUUGCCAGAAAGUUUAGAAACAAUCUUGACUAUUUGUAAUGCAGCCUGUCAUCACUGCAGCGAGCCUCUCACUAAAGGAGAGCUGGCAGCGACUGCUCUGAAUUCUGCUCACCUAACAGGACUGUGCUUGAUGACUCCAGCCCUGAACCUGAGAAGAAAACCUGAAAUGGGAUGUGAUGUGAAGUGGCUGUUUCUACUCGCUAAAAAAAGGAAAUGCUCCUCAGUGGGACGUGCUACAACCAGUAACAGCAAUUCCACUUCUGUCUGCAUCACGGCA